AUGACGAAGAAUAGGCGUUUCAGCGCGUGGUCACAUAGGCCAUCGAUAUCUGAAGCAUUGAACAUUCAGCUGAAUAUUCCUGACAGCCCAUCAGGGGGUGCGAAUGCAGGGGGGGCGGUGAGCGAACGCAUACCGACACUCAUGAGGCCGGAAGCAUACCUGGGGCGGUCGUAUGUUGGGAGUUUUUCAAACUCUGGAUCACUAAUGAGCAGAGAAGCGGGGGCAGCAGGACCCGAUUCACCGCCGCUGCCACGCUUCCGCGACCAGGCUUCAAGCUACGUGCACAAUGGAUCCCAUCUGCAUCGCCAAACCGCGGCACUGUGUGAUGACUCACGGGCAUACGAUGGCGGACCCGAGGAGGAGGAGGCACUUGUGUUCGAGGGUAACAUGAUUCUUCAAGAGGGAGCUCCCCCCCGCUUUGGCGUGGGGCCAUACAACCUCUGCAAGGUGGAUAGUAAUAUCAGCGAGGUACUGCUGAACGUUGAUGAGGCGGUGGACGACAGCGAUAGCGAUCAGGAAGCAGGAACUAGGCUCUUUUUGAGUCCCAUUACUACUGACUACAUACACAGUUAUGGAGCAAUUAACGAGGAGCAAAGUGCAUCCGAAACUGCAUCAAGAGCGGAGACAGGUCCCUCCCCCUUACGGUUCUGGGGCACGCGCACAGUUCGUUAUAUCCCCGCUGUUAUCCUGGGAUUAUUGCUCAAUAUUUUGGAUGCUCUCUCAUAUGGCAUGAUCAUAUUCCCGAUCGCUGAACCAAUAUUUUCACACCUUGGCCCGCAUGGUCUUUCGAUGUUCUACGUAUCCACGAUUAUUUCGCAGCUAGUGUACUCUGGUGGCUUCUCCUCCUUCGGGUACGGUACUGGUUCGGAGAUGAUCGAGGUGACGCCGUUUUUCCAUACUAUGGCUUUAUCCAUCAAGAAUUCUCUUUCAGCAGAAAAGAGCGACGACAUAAUUACUACCACCAUAGUAUGCUAUGCGUUAUCCACGAUCAUCACCGGCGCAGUGUUCCUGACCCUUGGCAAACUGCGGUUGGGCAAGCUUGUGAGCUUCUUCCCUCUCCAUAUUCUUAUUGGUUGCAUCGGUGGGGUUGCUUACUUCUUGAUCAUCACUGGCAUAGAGGUAUCAACGCGGGUUACAAAGUUUGAAUACUCGUUGGCAUUCCUUCGCAAUCUCUUUAUGGAUCCCGAUAUCCUGGCCAAAUGGUUGAUCCCUGCAUUACUGGCCGUAUCCAUCAUAUUACUACAGAGGAGGAUUCACAACUCAAUGCUUCUACCUCUCUUUUACUUAAGCGCGUUUGCUCUUUUUCAUUUCAUCGUGGCGCUCAUUCCGAGUCUCUCGCUGGAUACCUUAAGGGACAAAGGGUGGAUUUUCCCGUUGACAGAAUCUGGUGGUAGAUGGUAUGACUAUCUCGAACUAUACAACCCUCAGCGGAUACAUUGGAAGCUUGUGUUAGGUGAAAUCCCCACGAUGCUAGCUCUCACGUUUUUCGGUAUCCUCCAUGUUCCCAUCAAUGUGCCUGCACUGGCUAUCUCGUGUGGGAUAGAUAAAAUUGACGUUGAUAAGGAAUUAAUAGCUCAUGGUUAUUCUAACAUCUUCAGUGGCUGUGCAGGUUCGAUCCAAAACUACUUGGUUUACACUAAUAGCGUUCUAUUUAUUCGCGCAGGUGCAGAUUCCCGCUAUGCAGGCUUUUUGCUUGCCAUAGCUACAUUUAUGACCAUGACAGCGGGCCCGUGGAUUAUAUCAAUAAUUCCAGUUUGCAUAGUGAGUUCACUCAUAUUCCUUUUGGGUUACGAGCUUCUCAAGGAGGUCUUAUAUGACUCCUAUAACAGGUUGAGCAAUUUUGAGUAUAUUACUGUGGUCAUCAUCAUCCUCACGAUGGGCAUCUUUGAUUUUGUGCUAGGAAUUAUAGUAGGCGUUCUAGUUGCAUGUUUUUCAUUUCUGGUUGAAAGCACCAGAGCUAAGACAAUUAGCUCAGAAUUUGAUGGGAAAGUGGCUAAAUCUGCUGUCCACAGAGAUUAUCUACAGUCAAACUUCUUAGAGAAAGUUGCAGAGCAAAUAUAUGUUCUCAAACUUCAGAAUAACCUUUUCUUCGGUACGAUAAUUUCCAUCGAGGAAAAGAUCGGGAAUUUAUUGGAACCGAACGGUUCUGAGUACAAAAAGAUCAUUAAGUAUCUGAUCUUAGACUUUAAGCAUAUCAAUAUUGAUAAUAUUGACUAUUCUGCGGCUGAAGGUUUUAAUAGAAUCAAGCGUGUCAUGGAGAUAAAGCGGAUAAAACUGAUUGUUUCUUCUAUAAGCGAAUGUGACAAGAUCUACACGAUAUUUAGUAAGAUAGGCUUGCUACAGGAUGUAGAGCUAUUCCAAGACCUUAACAGUGCACUCGAGUGGUGCGAAAAUGAGCUUCUAUGCGAAUACAGGAGCCUCCUCUCGCGUGCGCAUCGCGUUAAGGUUAGACGACGGAGUAAGGACAUUGUGCCCAAGGCCCAAAUACCCCUCGAAAAUACACCAAGGAACGCACAGAUUAUGACAGCGGCUCAGGCUGUCUACUCCGGCGAACAACAGCUCAAUAAAACCCUCUCCAAGUACAAAGCAAGCCAUCCUGCACUAGCACUUCUUCUUGUUGCGCUCAAAACGUACAGGUCAGGUCACGCCUACAAGGAAACGAAAGAGAUACGUCUCUGGAAGCACCUUUGUCCUUACUUUGUCCGGAAGAGCUUUUCACCGCAAACUUCCAUCUCAGAUGAAGGCGAUAUGUUCUUCGUGGUGGAAAGCGGUUUACUGAAAAUAACAUAUAUGCUACCGCAGGGCUCCCUACAGGAAGCCAUUGCCAGCAAGACGUGUUAUGGCAAUAUCUCGGGUCCCGGAUCUCUGUCGUACUCCUCUGUCGUUCGCACAGAGACUGAAUGUGUGCUCUGGAUGAUCGAUGCUCCUGGCCUACAGAAGCUUCAGGAGGAGAACCUGCCGCUCUACACAGAGUUGUUGGUGGUGUACAUCUCCGUCAUCCAGCACCGCUUUAAAGAGCUAUUGGGUCACUCCUUGAUCAACGGUUGA